AAUUGAAAAUCAACCCAACAAAUUCUUCAUUUUUAUAUAAUUUUUUUAGUUUAAUUUUCUGUGGCUGUCUCCUUGACCGUCAUCACUUUCAUUAAUACACUCUCCCUCCAGGCCACCACCCUCCUCCUUCUCCUCCCUCUUUCACAGAAGUCCCACACCCUUCAAGCCUUCGCUUUCGCCUACCGCCUCUCUUUUAAUGUUUUCAUCGACUGUUUUCUCUGAUUUCGCUAAAGCGGCGCGACCAGUAUAGUAAUAACCAAAUACAUAACCAUCUUCAUAUCUCUUCCAAAUCUAGCGAUUAGAUUCGCUUUACACAAAAUCUAAUCUCUCUCCUCAAUCCUCAUUACCCCUUAAUUCCCAAAAACUUUACCCAAAUGACUAAUGACCCUUCUCUUAUUUUCCUAAACUUUCUAAGAUGUACUCGUUGACCCAUGUCAACUUUGUGUUCAUCUCCCUCUUUUCAGGUCAAAUUUGCCCCAUUUUUUAGAUCCGUUUCUUCUUUUAGAAAUUUCCGAUUAUAGAAACCUAUCAUUGUUUCUUGUACUUUGAAUUUCCUAAACUUGGAAAGAUUACUUUGCGGCUAUACUUUCCUCUUCUAGAUUUUGUCUGCUAUGGAUUCUUAUAUGGAAACCCAGUUUCUUAGUCAUAAUCAUCAUAAUAAUCAUCAGCAGCAGCAGCAGCAGCAGCAGCAGCAGAACAAUAAUACUAAUAAUAAUAGUUCAGGGUUGUUGCGAUUUCGUUCGGCCCCGAGUUCUUUAUUCAACGAAUACACCCACAAUUGCGGUGAUUAUGAAUCAUAUGAAAGAAAGCCACCAAGGUUGAAUACUCAAAAUGGAUAUUCAAGCUCAGCUCAAAUGGCGGCGGGUGAACAGAGUAUUCAUUUGCCUCCUCAAUAUCCAAAGCAGAGUGGUAUAAGCACUUGUUCUUCUUCAUUGGAAAGGUCAAGUUCCAUGGAAAUCAAUCUCUCAACAACGGCGGCGGUGACGAGACCGGGGAACUGUGGUUUGAAUCUUAAUCGCCAGAAUAGCUCCCCUGCUGGAUUUUUCAAUCAUCUUAAUAACACCCAAAAUGGGUAUACUGUUAUGAGGGGUCUCGGGAACUUGAGAGUAGCGAAUGGUACUAGUGGUGAAUCUAGUCCUCGUGCUAUUAGGCUGAAUAUGAGCCACUUGCCACGAAUUCCUGAGCUCGGGAAUGAAAUUGUCAAGGAAUCAAGUCCAGACGGAGUCAAGUUCAGAAACCAUGAGACUGAUGCUGGGUUUGACAGUACCAGUCCCACAGGAUACUCUUAUGUUUCUUGGAAUGAUUCUACCUCAGAUGCUUCUCACCGUCUUUCCGAGAAUGGUGGGCUCACAAACCGCCCUGCUGUAUUGGCGCAUCAUUUGAGCUUGCCUAAGACUUCAGCUGAAAUGGCUGCCGUUGAGAAGCUGCUGCAUUUCCAGGAUGUGGUUCCUUGUAAGGUCAGAGCCAAAAGGGGUUGUGCAACACACCCUAGAAGUAUUGCUGAGAGGAUGAGAAGAAACCGAAUCAGUGAACGUAUGAGGAAAUUGCAAGAACUCGUUCCAAACAUGGACAAGCAAACCAACACAUCUGAUAUGCUGGAUUUAGCUGUUGAUUACAUCAAAAACCUUCAAGACCAGUAUAAGGUUCUAAGUGAUCAUCGAGCAAAGUGCAAGUGCAUUAACUAAAUCAGCAAUCAUCAACCAUAGCAUAGCAAUUCAGUUUCCUCGCAAACGAUGGGCUUAGACCUUUAGAUGGAAGAUGAAGAGGAGAAGUAGUAGCAGCAUAAUAUAUUAUAUAUACGGAGUAGCAUAAAUACAUAUACUCCAUAAUAAUAACAAGUAGGGUAUUCCGAGUUUUGGACUGUACUUCAGGGUGUUUCUGCUCUCGUCCAAAGGAUGUGGAGGAUCUUUGAUACCUUUCUUAGAAAUGUAGAUUUUGAUGAAUUAUUGUUGCUUAUUUCCAUGUAGGUGGAAAACUUAAUAAUACUUGAGGAUCAAAAAUAUGGCAAUAAAUAUGUAUAGAAACUAGCAAUUUCCCUACUUGGGAUCCA